GAUUUCUUUCGUGCAGGUCCAACAACAUAAAAUGGCAGACGGUCCCAUCUUCCUCAACGAGCGCGGGCUCAGCCUCGAGGUCCGCGUGCAGCCUGUGGUGCUGUUGACCAUCAUUGACCACUUUACUCGACGAAACGAGAACCAGAAGCGCGUUAUUGGCACUCUGCUGGGCUCUGUGCACGACGGCAUUGUCGAAGUGUCCAACUGCUUUGCGCUCCCGCACAUGGAUGCUGCAGCAGAUGUGCACCUCGAUCUUGCUCAUCACAAGCUGAUGCUGCGCCUGCACAAGCGAAUCGCACCCAGGGAGCAGGUUGUUGGCUGGUACACGACUGGCGACGAGAUUACGAGCCACUCGGUCACCGUUCACACCCAGUUCUAUUCAGACUUGACAGCAUCCCCCAUUCUGCUCACGGUUGAUACUGCCAUGCGUGGCGGCAAGCUUGGUGUCCAGGCCUUCACUGGAGCACCUCUCGGUACGUCCGAUCGUCCCGGCGGCGUCGUUUUCGCUCCCGUCAAGUGCGAGGUCAAAAUGUUUGAGGCCGACCGUGUCGGCAUCAAUCUCUUGCAGCGAACACGGGCAGCCCCCAACCGCGCCACCCCGCUCCUCACUGAGCUCGAUACUCUCGAAGCUUCCAUCAUCAAGCUUCAAAGUCAUCUUGCCACGGCUGUGGCCCACGUUGAAAAGGUUUUGGCUGGCAAAGUUCCUUCAGACGCCGAGCUUGGCCGAAUGCUCUCGGACGCUGCCUCCUCGGUGCCAAAGUUCGAGGCUGCACAAUUCGAAAAGCUCUUCAACUCCAACCUACAGGAUUUGCUCAUGGUCAUGUAUCUCUCCAGCCUAACGCGCACACAAUUGUCAAUCGCAGACCGGUUGAACUCGGCCGUUUUCUAAGUCUGUCCAGUUGUACUCCUCCGCCUCGUCCUUGUGCUGUUGGUGUUCUAGUAGCUUUUUUUUUUUUUGUCGUUUUGUUGGUCUUGUUUUGUGUAAGUGUUUGUUUCUUUCCUUUUUGUUUCGGUGCACAACAAUAAUAGGGUGUUUUACCGCGGCAACA